AGUGAAACGAACCAAAAUCAGUCACUCAUCAAAAGAUUUGCAAUAAGAGAACAAAAAUGGCAAGUUCGAGCAAAGAGCUCUAUUAUGUAUUUUUGGAAAGAGAUCAUGAGUAUGAGCGUCUUAAAGAAAUAAGGACAAAAAAAGGAGAAGAAGAGUUGGAUAGGUAUCUAGAAAAGAGACACGAGGAGAUUCUUGAAAGCACCCUUGAGCCUGGCUCUUAUAAGAGGACUGUCUCUCUUGUCGUCGUUCACGGUUUUGGUGUUGAGAUCACCGAUCACCAGGUAGUCCAUACAUGCAUACAUACAUAUGUCAUGUAUAUGAAGGUGGUUCCUAUGCAUUUGUGAAUAUAUGUUUCGUCGAUUGUUUAUAGUUUGAUGCUGUUUAUUUUCCUGUGUUGUACUAUUAUUUAUCAGGCCGAAGUGCUAAGAUCAACCGAUGGGGUUUAUACGGUGGAAAAGAACUAAGAGAUUAAACUUGUGUCGAGUUAAGAAAGACGAAAAGAAAAGGAAAUGUCAUUUCUAAAUUAUUAUUUUUUACUAAAACAUUUCUAAAUUCUUUAUAAGAAGAAUGAGGAAUAAUAAUGAUAGAAACAUUUCUAAUCGAUGCAAAUGAAAUGUCAAUCCCAAAUGUUUGCUUAUUUUUUACUUCCAUCGUGAUCCAACAAAAUACA